AUGUAAUAGGCAGGGUAUUUAGCAUUAUGGCAUUCAAUAACAGGGUUCUGUUUUUAUACACACGAUGACAAGUAAUAAUUUCUUUUGGACAUAUCACCAUCGUAUUUCGAAAUCGUGUUUUCCUAUAUCCAAAUACAAACAUGUUAUGGUAAUAUCUCUCAAAGUGGAUUACAUACGUACAUGGUGAUUUCAUUGGCAGAAAGGUGGAAACUAUCGUAAUAACCCUAUUCUUUCCCAGCCAGCCGUCUUCCAAAGUCAGAGUGCCGUACAAGAAAAGUUGGCAGUUUUUCCCACCGACAAGGCCUCAAAUAAGAUAACCAGUUUUGCCCUUGGUGUUCACAUUUCACAAUGUUUGAGGUACAAAUCGAACAUGCCCUUUCUACCAAGAUUCAAAGAGCGUCAUACGAGAUUGCUCAUGAAUAUGGAGAGUGUUUUGUGCUUUUAUUUUAUGUAAGCGUUGCUUGAUCAAAGAACUGAUAUGAGUGACAUAUAAAAGAUGCCAAAGAUAAGGCCAGUUUGUUAAUUGAGGAAGAAAUCUGACUCUAAAACCUGAAGACAUACAAAGACGUACAGACAUACAAACGUAUAUAUAAACGAAGAUAAAGUAGCGAAAGUCCCGGGUUGUCGCAUUAGAAGAGAGGUGAUGCACAAAAUAAUGUUUAAACGUAAGAUGACGGAAUACCAUUGGCUGGUUGACCAUCGUACAUUGGCUUCGUCAGUGUAUGUAAAUAUCUUCUGAGAAACCUCUCGACCAGUGAAGUUGAAAUUUAUGUACCCUCCACAAAAAUCUACAGCCAAAGCAACACUGGCCAUGGUUCACCAGACUGUUACAGUAAAGUGGAUUCGUCAUGUAGCUACAUGGUGACGUUGUACGUUGGAGUGUUUUGUUCCCACCGAUGAUUAUUAGCAUUAUGUUCGAAUCAAACGGACAACCCGUCCAUGAUAUGUGUGAUAGGACGGAAAGAGACACGCUGCUAGGAAUGACCAGGAAAGUAAAGUAAAAUGACAUCGUACAAAGGACAACAAAGUAAUUACAUAAUAUUAGGUGAGAUUAAUAGACGCCACAGAGUUGUGGAGUAUCAAAGUGCAUCCUGGCAAUGUCUUUGUUGCCGUUCAACUCGCCGUGUUCACUUCUAUUGCUGAUAUCACAAUUCAUUUGCAAUAUUAGAGACUUGAUGAUAUCAGAAAUAUUGUCGCUAUUUAAACUGGUACUAUAUCGUAGUAGCGGCCCCACAAGGUGAAAAUAGGUCAGGCCACGCACAGCCCAGUCGCCGGCCUCUGUUGUGUACAACACUGAAGUUAGAACAUGGCCGGUGUCACCCUCCAGCUCUACACUGUCGAUGCCUUCACUGACGUCCCCUUCAAAGGCAACCCGGCCGCCAUCUGUCCCUUGCCGUCCGAUGUUAAUCUAGACGAUGAUAUUCUGCAGAAGAUUGCCAUGGAGAUGAACCUGUCUGAAACUGCAUUAAUCAAACUUAUAGAUAAAUCGGAUAGUUUUAAAGAAAGUAACACGUUUGGUUUGAGGUGGUUCACUACAAAAGAAGAAGUCAAACUAUGCGGCCAUGCUACUUUGGCAUCGACAGCUGUUUUGUUCGGGAAAUUAGACAACAAACAUGAUCGCAUCGUGUUUAAGACACUAAGUGGAGAUUUGAUCGUUAAACGCGAGGGGCUGUCGAUUCACAUGGAUUUCCCCGUUGGCACUACUGUGAAAGAGGACCAAAGUCAACAUGAGCAGAUUGUAGCGUCGUUGGGGGAUGUAUCGGGUGUUAGCGACAUCGUCUACUGCGAUUCCCUGCGUUAUCUACUCAUACGACUUCACGACGGAUGGUCCAGAGAAGAAUUUGAGUCCUGGACGCCUGAUAUAUCAGCCAUGAAGAGAUCCAGCGGUAGGGUGUUUCUUGUAAUUGUCACCACCAGAGGGCCUCCUGGAGAUGGUUACCAGAGUGAUGAUGGCGCCACCUACGACUUUGUGUCUCGUUGUUUUGUACCUUGGGACGAUGUACCGGAAGACCCUGUUACCGGUUCUGCGCAGACAGUUCUAGCGCAUUACUGGGCACAACAAUUAGGAAAGAAUGAUUUCUUUACCAGACAGUGUUCUGCACGAGGUGGGGAGAUUGUGGUCAAGCUGAGAGGUGACCGGGUUGAACUGCUGGGUAAAGCCGCCUUUGUCAUGGAUGGAGUGCUGAAACUGUAGCCGCAAUAACUAGAAGCAGCUGGAAAAAACUACAAUAGUUCAGUGAUAAAAGGAACGGCUUGGCAAUGUGUUGCCAAUAGUGCCUUGGUCGCUUAUCAUUACGCAACAUGUGCUUGUUGUCAGUAAUAUCUGAACUGAGGAGGAAAUGGUCUUUAUAUGUUGCUUUAAUAAAAUUGAUACUCUCAUAA